AUGUUUGAUUUUUCUAUUUGCUCGUGCUCAUUUCCCAAUUCGCACAACCCGUUUUUUACCCUGCCCUUUCGCGUCGCCCCAACUUGGCCCACUUUGCCUCUCCGACUGGCACCAAACUUCGUCUUGGUGAUGUGCCAUCUGCCUCGACGAUACAUUGGCCUCGCUGCCAUUACAGACCCUGGCACCAGCCUACUCUGCGCCCCGCCAAAUCGACUUCUUCCCGGCUUGAAAGGUGAACACCAGCUUUGUAAAUAA